AUGUCUAGUACAUUUUUUGGUGCCUUCCUUAUUCGGGAAUCUCCCUGUUGGCUAAUCGGCCGUGGGCGUCGCCAUGAUGCCAUUGAGAACCUCUGCUGGGUCCGCCAGCUUUCUAAAACUGAUGUAUACAUCGUAGAGGAAAUUGCUAGGAUUGAUCAGGCCUUUGAAGAGCAGGCUGCUUGGAUGGUCUUCACAAGCCUUGGAAAUACCGGGUCCUUGAACCAGAUGAUGUCCGGCAUUUUUGGUGUCGUCGAGAUCGUCGUCAGGUUCUGUUGGUUGCUCUUCCUUAUCGAUCCCCUGGGCCGUCUGAAGCUUCUGAUCGCUGGCUCUAUUGGUGGCUCUGUCUGUAUGUGGGUUACUGGUGCCUACAUCAAGAUCAAAGAUCCCGAUUAUGCGCUAUUUGAUAAAAAUGAGCCUUGA